ACUACACAACUCCUCCUAUAUGGACUUUUGUUCUGGUUCAUCAAGGAUCAGUAUCAUUUUGUGCUGUUCAUUUCAGAUCAUUUUAGUAUUCUUGUUUAGAUCAUUUUAUGUGAAGAUGAUUGAGGCUAAAGUGAACAUUUCAGAUGAAGUUGUACCUUAUGGAGGGAAAAGUGCUUUCACCCAGCUGGAGCACAACAUUGUGGCUGGAUAUCUGAUCAGUGCAGGCGUCAUCAGUUUAGCGAGUAACAUUGUGGUGCUGCUGAUGUUUGUGAAGUUCAGGGAGCUCCGCACUGCCACCAACUUCAUCAUCAUCCACUUGGCCUUCACUGACAUCGGCGUGUCUGGGAUUGGUUAUCCCAUGUCGGCGGCGUCAGACCUCCACGGCAGCUGGAAGUUUGGCUAUGCCGGCUGUCAGAUCUAUGCAGCUCUCAACAUCUUCUUUGGCAUGGCAAGCAUCGGCCUCCUGACUGUGGUGGCCAUCGAUCGCUACCUGACCAUCUGCAGACCGGACAUCGGGCAGAAAAUGACGAUGCGGUCCUACAACCUUCUGAUUCUGGCUGCCUGGCUGAAUGCCGUGUUCUGGUCCUCCAUGCCAGUAGUGGGCUGGGCCGGUUACGCCCCGGACCCCACCGGAGCCACGUGCACCAUCAACUGGAGGAAGAAUGAUGCCUCCUUUAUCUCCUACACCAUGGCAGUGAUAGCUGUAAACUUCAUCAUUCCUCUGUCCGUCAUGUUUUACUGCUACUACAACGUGUCCGUCACUAUGAAGAGAUAUAAAGCGAGCAACUGUCUGGAAAACCUCAACAUCGACUGGUCGGACCAGAUGGAUGUCACCAAGAUGUCCAUAGUAAUGAUCCUCAUGUUCCUGGUUGCCUGGUCUCCGUACUCCAUAGUGUGUCUCUGGGCAUCGUUUGGCGACCCAAGGACCAUCCCUGCCCCCAUGGCAAUAAUAGCUCCCCUCUUUGCCAAGUCGUCCACCUUUUAUAACCCCUGCAUUUACGUUAUUGCCAACAAAAAGUUCAGAAGAGCAAUCAUUGGAAUGAUUCGCUGUCAAACCAGGCAGCGGAUCACCAUCAGUACCCAGGUUCCCAUGACAAUAUCUCAACAACAUCUGACCCCGUGAGACAGUGUUGCUGUACUAUGACAGUAUAUUAGUAUUAAAUGACCCUGUUAUUACCCUGUGUAGGGCGUUGUAAUGGUUUAACUUCCUGUCAGUGUUUAUCUUUCUAUUGUACCUAUCUCUGUAUGAUUAUGGACUGUUCUGUGGUAUUUACUGUGUAAACUCCACUUGCUUCACUUUCUUGUCAUGGUUUGUGGUUCAGUUACAAUAACAAACCAACAAUGAACAUGUCACUGCACAUGGACUUGUAUUUCUAGAGUCAGAAUUUCAAAAUUGCUCUCUUGUGUUUUGACAGACAGGCUGGCUCUCAGAUUCAUAGCGAUGUAUCUUCCUCCAGCAACACAACAAACUAAAUUGAGAAUGAAACUUUGGUGUGAUUCUGUGUGACUUCAUGCAACUCAGUCUGAAGACUCACAUUUCAAAGGUUCUACCUUCUUAAAAUACAACUCUGAAACAAAAUGCAAACGUCCCUUUCUCCAGCUGGAGAGGAUGGUUUUCUUCUUGCCCUGUUUCUGCCUUGGGCCAGUUUGCCAAAAACAGCAUCCCCCGGGAGGCGUCCCAGAGAUGUUUUAUCCAGAUAAACCAUCCCUGCUUUGAGAUUUUAAUGAACAGGUACAAGUGCAAAUAAAUCAUUUUCAGUGUCUUCACUGCCACAUCUUCUGAAUGUGAAGGAGUAGUGAGUCUACUCCGAGUCUAUCCUGGAUGACUUAUCCUCCUAUCUCUAAGGGAGAGUGCAGAGGAAACUCACUUCAACCACUUGUAUCCUUCAUCUUGUCUUUUCAGUCACUUCCCAUAGUUCCAUAGUUGAGGGGAAGAAUGUAGAUACACCAAU